UCUUUGAAUACUGUGGUUAUAAGUAAAAGAAAAAAAAAUGAGGGUAUCAUAUUCUCUUGAAUUGGAAUUUUACCCUUUAUUCUCGCAUUAGGAUGUAAUAAAAUAGAUUCUCCUACCCCCUUCAAGUUUCGACUGUCGAAGAUAUUUCAUUUCACCUUUCACAAGCAUCAAUACAUAACAACAAAAAUUUUCUAUGCUUUUUAAUAGUCUUAUCUAAAAUACCAGAAAAACAAAUGUUCCAACAUGAAAAAGAAGAUUUCAAAUGCUUAAAUUGAGACCUGAACUAUUUUGAUCCCAUCUCGGAAUCAAUGGAUAUUAAAGGGAAAGGGAAGGAAUCAAAUUGAGCAAAAACAACAAUAACAGACCCCCUAUAUAACAACCUCUUAUACUCAUCAAGUUUAGCCAUAGCCUUUGGUCUAUAGCUGAAUAUUUCAUCAUUGAACACUCUCCAUACCAUAUAUCCCCUAUUUUUACUAUUUUCUCCUUUUCCAAAUUCCAACAGUUACUCAGAAAAGGAAAGACCAGUGAGACAAAUAAAGACAUUUAGUUCCAAAGAAAAAUGAAGAUUGCUUUCUUUCCUUGUUUAGUUAUGCUGUUAUGCACUCUAGCAGUAACAACCAGGGCAUCAGAAACUUCUUACACGUUGAAAAAUAGAGGUGCCCAUGUGUCGAAACAUCUUGCCGGUGCACCAGAAAGAAAUAGUGAGAGUGCUGUUGCAGACAUAAGUGGCAACACUAAAAAGAUUGGGUUGGAAACCAAAGAUUUUAUACCGGAUGUUGAAAAAAAUCAGAGAGGAAGGGGCGCAAAUGGGGGUGGAAGUACUGCUCGUCAGCCUCGUACUCUUGAUAAAAAUUCAGCUGGAAUGCUAAAGCGGCCUUCCUUCACCCUGUCAACUACUUGUGUCAUUUCUAGCUUUCUGCCUCUCCUGGUUCUGCCCUUCAUCAUUCCCUAAGAUGUUCCAAAAAAUAGCUCGAACAUUUUCUUUCCUUUUUUCAGUUAUCCUCGUUGUGGUCAUGACUUAGUGUCCUAUUCUGUUGGUUUAUUUUUGUGGAGUUGUACGUCUACUAGUGAACAGCUGUGUCGUGUAAUAUGCUACAGAUUGAUGAUGAUGAAUCAUCUCUCGCAUUUGUUUUCCUCUCCUCCUUAUUUGUUUGCAUCUGUGCGUAUUUCAGCAAAUAUAUGAUCAAGUUUUCAUGCAUGCAGAACAUAAACAUGAAAUAAUGAGAACGAAGAACUCUAUUACUAA